UUAUUCUGUGUUUCAAUUGUUGAUCGUCCGACCGAGUGAUUUUUUGCCAGAGAUUUCGAAAUAAAAGAUUUCUCAGUUCUAUCAGAAAAAUAGACCGUGUGCGCAUUUCUGCUUGCUACUAAUACGAAUAGUGGAAUUGUAUUUCAAUUCAAGUUCUGGUUUACUACCGUGUGAAAGUUUUCCUUUCAAGGAAUCGUAGAAAAGAUGUCUCUUUUCGGAUCAUUGAUGGCCGACGUGGAGGAUGAUCCUUUCUUCGGGUCCCACAUGAGACACAUGCGUCAAAUGAACAACAUGAUGAACUCGUUGUUCUCGGACCCCUUUGGCAUGCUCGGAGGGAUGGGCAUGGGCAUGGGCGGGAUGGGAGGGGGCCACCUGGCUCUCACCGGCCACCGCCACGGGGGUGCCAUGAUGCCUUUCAUGCCGCAGAUGCCGUCCCUUAACAGGCUGUUCUCAGCAGACCUGGAGGGGGGCAUGAGCGCCGGCAGCUCCUUCAGCAGCAGCACGGUGGUCAUGUCCAAUGGACCCAACGGCAAGCCACAGGUGUACAGCUCGACCAGCAGCACCAAGAUCGGGCCGGGCGGCGUGAAGGAGACGCGCGCCACGCUGCAGGACUCGCGCACCGGCACCAAGAAGAUGUCCAUCGGCCACCACAUCGGCGAGCGCGCGCACGUGAUCGAGCGCGAACAGAACGUGUACUCCGGAGACCAGGAGGAGAGACAGGAGUUCAUCAACCUCGACGAGGACGAGGCCGAGGACUUCGACCGUGAGUUCCAAGAGCGUGCCGGGCCGUACACGAUGUCCGGCCGCCGCCGCGCGCUCAGCCCCGCGCCGCGCCUGGCGCUGCCCGCGCCGCCCGCGGAGCCCACUACACUACGGGUGUCGGAAUCGAGUCGGCGACCUACUAGCGUAUCGAGUGCACAAUCGAGAAGCAUCGACCACCGACCGAGUAGUGUGUCGAGUGCAGAAUCGAGAAGUGUGUCGAGUGAAUCGAGACGCCCCGAGUACCGGCCUAGCUCGAGAAAGCCCAUCAGAGCCAUCGCCAGCCCACUUAUCAUGCCGACCACGAGUGCAUCAGUGCGCGAGGUCUACGGCAGCUCCAUCCCCCAGCGCCACCGACACAAGCAUGGCCGCCCGCACCGACACUCGCCCACAGAGUAGAUAACACGACCACAGAGCAGAAGACCAGACCAUAGAGCAGGAGAUAAGACCACAGAGUAGGAGAUAAGACCACAGAAUGGAAGAGAGAGACAGGCGAUAGCGAGCGAGACAGCGUACGGUGAUGUGAAGC